AUGCCGAUUGAUCGUGCCGCCGUUCGCAAUGGCAGCAUCUACGACGGUGCUACAGGGGCCAGUUGGGGUGGAGUGAGACAAAACGGCGCCGUCACAGAGGCUGUGUUCCUCUCGAUUCUCUCUGAAAUUCUGCUCGUUGCACCCGCGCCAGUCACUGUCACAGUGAGAGCUUCAGGGCGAACUGUCUUGCCGACAAACAACCCCCUUGAGCCUGGCGCAUAUGAUGUUUAUUGCAACGGCAGGAUAGGCUCCAUCGAACUCACCAACGAACCAUGGGUACAUCGGAUCAUGUCGCAUAGUAUAUCGGGACGCGAGGACAGUUUCAGUGCUCAGGUACGCGCACGAGACGGAAAAUGUGUCCUAUCUGGCCUUCCAAACCUGAAUGCGCUCUUUGGUGACUGGUCUGGCUUUGAGAGCGCCCACAUUUUCCCGCUCGAGAAGGAAAACAUUUGGUCUGAGGACAAUUUCGGAAGAUGGAUAACUAAUAUGGACAAUACGAAUGGUGUCCCGAAGAUCAACUCUUGUCAGAAUGGUUUACUCCUGAGACGGGAUCUUCACCAGAGCUUUGAUAACUACUUAAUCUCGGUGAACCCAGAUGACGACUAUAAGAUUAUAGUAUUCAGUCUUGAUACCUUUGGUCUCGAUGGCAGAAGCCUAGACCCUGUAUGUCGCAACCCAGCAGACCCGAACCAUGUAUCCGACGAGUUACUUAGGUGGCAUUUCCGGCAAUCGGUACUUGCGAACAUGAGAGGAGCUGGCGAGCCUAUCUUCGAACACGACUUCCCGACAGGAACUGAUAUCAUGACGGAGAUCCGGGAAGGGCCUUAUGCGAAGGAAAGGUUCGAGAUGGAACUUUCUUCGAGGUUGCGUGCAUUCGAUGUUUGA